AAGUCCCAGUCCUGGAAUGCGAUUGAUGCGCGCACCCGAAAACUUUGCGCGAGCCGUGACGCGCCGAGUAAUGCGGGAUCGCGCGGUCGGAAGACAGGUCUGCGUUUGGAGAAGCGAAGGAGAGAAGAAACGCCGGAGAGAAGAAUGAUGGCGGUGGAGUGGUGACAAGUUUGGAAGUGUACACUGUAUAGGGAUCGUGAAGUUGAAAAUGAUCAAGACCGACAGCAAAGGCGACAGGACCCUGAGGAGCGUCUCUCCGCAUAGGAAUGCAUACAAAUCAGACUUCCACACGAUUAAAUGCUCCUUUGACGGAGUUAAAGCUGACAGCGUUAACAAGUCAUAUGCAAAUGGAUCCAGCGACACCCGGGAGGACACAAGGGGGAGACCUUUUGGCAAUAAAGUGAAUAAGAUAAAAAACAUAUUCCUGCAGAUGGAUGGCCAACAGCACGAGGGUGAUGUAUCCCAGAUCACUCUGCCAAAGUAUCAGUUUUCUACCAGUGCUCAUAAAACAGCUUUGGACAGGGGUACCGGUCUGGAUUCACAAAGUACUGAUAAAAGCCAGAAGGUAGAUGAUGUUGAAAUUGACAAAGCCGUACUGGCUGAGAAAUUCUCUGUAACUAGGAAGCUGUUUGAGAGGGGGAUGCAAGACCACCCAGCAACUGAAAGCCAAGUCUCCAGCAAAGCGAUCAGUCCUGUGACCUCAAGCAAAAAUUCUGUUGAGGAAAAGAGUGCCUGGAAGCUGAUGCCAGGCAGUGAAGAUACCACCAGCACUCCCAAAGCUUUCCCCAGCUCCACUUCACCACCUGUAAGCAAGCUAGAGGAGAAGUGUGAUGGAGAGGAGAAGAAGCAUGUGUCCAGGUUGCCCCUAAAUGCUGGCCCGAUCUCCAGAAGGUUGGAGAACUUCAUUGUGGAUAGUGAUGGUGAGGAAACAAAUAACAAAGUUAUUUCCAGAAGCACAGAAAGCUAUUCUGAAGUGCAUAGCCCCACUGAGUACUCACUGCCCACCUCCCCAGUUUUUGGAGGCUCCCCCAAACCCACCUCCCCAGUUUUUGGAGGCUCCCCCAAACCCACCUCCCCAGUUUUUGGAGGCUCCCCCAAACCCACCUCCCCAGUUUUUGGAGGCUCUCCCAAACCCACCUCCCCAGUUUUUGGAGGCUCCCCCAAACCCACCUCCCCAGUUUUUGGAGGCUCCCCCAAACCCACCUCCCCAGUUGUUGGAGGCUCCCCCAAACCCACCUCCCCAGUUUUUGGAGGCUCCCCCAAACCCACCUCCCCAGUUGUUGGAGGCUCUCCCAAACCCACCUCCCCAGUUUUUGGAGGCUCCCCCAAACCCACCUCCCCAGUUUUUGGAGGCUCCCCCAAACCCACCUCCCCAGUUGUUGGAGGCUCCCCCAAACCCACCUCCCCAGUUUUUGGAGGCUCUCCCAAGCUCAUCUCCCCAGUUUUUGGAGGGUCCCCGAAGCCCACCUCCCCAUUUGAUGGUGGAUGUCCCAGUGCUGCAACCAUAGUUCCCCUUCCCUAUUUUUGCAACACAUUUGUAACCACUGUACCAAAACCAUGGAGCCCGCCUCACAGGGAACAAAAGCAUUGCCUUUUUUUUACCGGCAGCUACCCCAGUCUGGACCGGGCUGACAUCCUAGAUAAUGACGGAAUGGACAGCCCUGUGGUAGGGAGCCCCACCAAGGAAAAAACAACACAGGAGAAUUAUUCCGUGGAUCCAAAUGGGGUGGGAGUGGUUCGGGCUGAGCUGGUGGUGGUACAUAAUGAGUCAUCAGAGAGUGAAGAAAGUGAUGAAAAUGCUGCAGGUGUGCUUGUGGCAGAAAGUCUUAUCGGAGGCCAUGGUGAGCUUCCCAGAAACCACCUCUCAGAGGCAGUGAAGGGGAAAGACUCAGCACUAGGGCAGGUUGCUCUAGGGGAGGAACGCGCAAGUGGCAUUUGGGAGAAAAAGUUGGAAUUGAGGAAGGAGGCACAGCUUGAAAGUCAAGUGAAGGAUUUUAGGGAGGAAGAUGAGGCUCAGGAGGAGAGUGAGCAGGAGGAGCAGGUUGCGUACAGCCCUGAGGAUGAGAUGUGUGGCAUCGAGAAUGCGGCCUUUGUGGACGACAGGGACACGGACCUGGAGUAUGUUGAGGACUAUGACGAGCUGCCAGGCCUGCCGGAUGAGGGGGACCCAAGCCCACGUAGGAAGGUCAAGUUUUCUACUGCACCGAUCCGGGUGUUUAGCACCUACUCCAAUACGGAGUACGACAGGCGGAACGAUGACGUGGAUCCCGUGGCUGCAUCCGCCGAGUACGAGUUGGAGAAGCGGUUGGAGAAGAUGGACGCGUUCCCAGUGGAAAUCGAGAAGGGGGAGAAUGGCCUGGGGAUCAGCAUCAUCGGAAUGGGAGUAGGGGCAGACCAGGGUUUGGAGAAGCUGGGGAUAUUCAUCAAGACCAUAACAGAAGGUGGAGCCGCUGAGAAGGAUGGACGGAUACAGGUCAACGACCAGAUCAUCGAGGUGGAUGGGACCAGCCUGGUGGGAGUAGCACAGAUCUUUGCUGCCACAGUCCUGAAAAACACCAAAGGCAGAGUCAGCUUUCUGAUUGGUCGGGAGAAGCCUGGUACACAGAGUGAGGUGGCCCGGCUCAUCAGAGAGACUCUGGAACAGGAGCAGAGCCAGAGGCAGCAGAGCUUUGAAGAGAGCCACGAGCUGAUGGAGGAGGAGUACUUCGAGAGGGAGGACAUGGUCCAUGGUUCGAGGUCAUCGGAGGGGCUGGUGAAGACGAAUGAAUCCGGAGAUGAGAUGUUUUCUUCCUCAAAAAUGGCCCCUACUCAGCUUGCUUUUACAUACAAUGAGCUCCAACUCAAAUAUAGCGUAGCCACUGCAGAACUCAGCCAAUUAAAGGAGAAGCUGAGAAAAUCGGAGGAGGACAGAAUGUCACAGGAGUCUAGACAGGCCCAGUUAGAGCAUGACAUACAAGGGAAUAAUGACAGGAUUGGCAAACUAGAAGAGUAUUGGCUGGAGGCUCAGGCCCUCGUCACAACGGUCAACGAGCACCUGGUGGAAACCCAGAAGCAGUAUGAGAUCCUGGAGAAGAAGUACAACAAGGCUAAGAAACUGCUGAAGGAGUACCAGCAGAAAGAGAUUGAGUUCUUGAAGAAGGAGGAGGAGCUAAAGAAGGCUCUGGAUGAGAAGGAGAAGCAGCACGUGGACCAUAUGGAGAGACUGAAGGAGCGGGUAAAGAUUAAACGAAAGAGUGACUGCUGUGAAGGUGCAGAGCAGCUUACUGUCCUGGAAUCCCAGCCCCCUGAGGGUGAGCAUAGGGGUCACCCUCCCAGCAUGGACAUGGCAGAUGGAAAAGAAGAAUCCAGUUGGCCAGACAGGAAUGGCCAGUCCGAUCCCAACUGGAGUGAUGUGGUGCCUGAAACUCCGCUUCUGGACAUCAGCGCUCACCGGGCCAAGGGCCAGCUUGCUCAGAAAUCCCGGCGCCAGCCACCAUCACGCAAACUCAGGGAGGCACUGGGGAACUCCCCCUGCCCAGAACGGAGGAAUGAAAAAGGGGAAGCUUGUGAGACAGAGGUUCCCCAACAGGGAGGCCAGGCAAGUUCCCCUUUACUGGUGCCAGUGUUCAGUGAGGCUGACCAGCAGGGAGGUCCCGCCCCGUGGAGCGGAUCCAGCAUAAAAGCCCAGCCGUCCAGUAUGUCCUCCAACAUGGUCCAGUCCGCCCAAAGGAGGGGGAGCACAGAGAGCAGUGAGAGCCCCAGCACUACGGAUGCUUCAUCUCCCAGCUCCUCUCUGGAGCUCCAGUCUAGUGGCAAAAAGAGUGAUUCCAAGGGCAAAGUCAAGGAAAUCAAAGACGACACCAGUGACACCUCAUCCACAGCCAAACCGAAGAGUUGGUUCCCUGAUUUCGGCGGCUUUCGCAAGUCUGGUGGCAAAGGGAAGAAGCGUGGGAAGGACACACCGAGAGGAUCGCUGGACAGCAGGGGGUCAGGUGACCUACUGGAGAACCCCGGGGACCUGUCGCCCUCCGACACUCUUUUGUCUAUUCCCAACUGCAUGCCCUUCUUCCGGUUUGGGGACAGGGACAGGCAGCCACCAUCCUCCAGCCCCAGCCUGCCUAGAGCUGCCACAGAGCUCAGCACCGAACAGAACCAGGACCUGAAAAGCAAGACAAACCUGUCCUGGUCUUCCUUAUUCAGUCGUUCCUUCGAUCUGAGUUUUUCAGUCAUAGAUGAUUCAAACCCUGGAAGUCCUGAUUUGGGCUUGGCAGGGCUGGUGGGAGAGCCCUGUCUGUCUGGGCGCUCACACACUCUGACCUUCUCUUCCAACGAGACUUUAGAUGAUGAGCCAGCACUGCCAGGGAAGGAGUACCAGUGGCAGAACCGGCCUGUCACAGAGUGGACCACGACGCAGGUCUGCCAUUGGCUGAUGGGCAUGAACAUGGACCAGUACAUCGAAGAGUUCACAGCCAAGGGUGUGACUGGGCAGCAGCUUCUGCACUUGGACAGUGAUAGCCUGAAGACCUUGGGAGUUCUGAGCCAGAGUGACCGUGCCACCAUUAAGAAGAAGCUCAAGGACAUGAGGAAAGCUCAGGAGAAGCUGGAGAAAUUGCGGGAAAAGAGGGAGAAGGAAGCGCUAUGGAGCGGAAAGCUGCCCAUCAGCACAGACUCCUCCUGCUGAGACGCCCACAGCACCCUCACUGCUCCAGCUUCCCGCUCCUGUGCGAGCUGCACCGCCAUGACAGGCGACACCAGGCAACUCUGAGCUUUCUGACAAAUACAAGUACAACUUCAAUGAAUUAGGAGAAUCCUCACUGUAUGCAUGGCCUGUUUUUCAUUUCUCAGUCGUAGCAAUUAAUAGUAAGGAAUGUUCCAGAUAUGUCAAUUUCGAGCAAGCAGUGAUUUUUACGCUUGCAGUCAGAUAUGGCUAGUGAUGGUAUCGCUACCAUUUGGAGUAUGACCAUGUUCGACAAAGUACUCCUCUAGGGUGUGCAUCCCUACCAGCUUUCUGACUGCUGUGCUCCAGUCAUUGCCUGACCCUCUUCUAUUCAGUCUAUUCUCCAGUCCAGUGUGGCCCAAGCCCACAAAACGUGCUCCAAACCAGGGGGUCGACCUGGACUUAAAGUGCACUGGUAAUAAAAGGAAAGAAUUCUGGGUUUUAAAAUACCGAGCCUCAUCUUCAAAGAAAAUAAACACGGGUCAAAAAGCUCUCGGUACAGCUCAGCGAAUGCAUCGCUUUUAAGUGUUUUAUGUACUACUGUAGUUCUGUAAUUCCUGAGAGAGAUUACCAGAGAAUGGAGGUAUCCACUAUAGACUGAAUUCUGAUUUUCAAAUGUUUUAUAUUGUAUUUUUUAGAAGUAACAUACUUAUGUACAGAUCUUUUCUUACAUGAGUUUUGUAAAGGUUAUGAGAAAAUUGUCUUAAAAAUGCAAAAUGGCUUUAAAUGUAUAAAUAAAAUGUUAUAUAUGUAUAUAUAUAUGCAUAGUUAGCUACAUAAUGUUAAACACUUUGACUAAAGUAGGGUUCAGUAAGUCUUAUUUUCUACUACGUAGAAGUCAGAACAGGAUCGCUUUUGCAUAAUAAAAAAAAAAAGUUUCUGCACCCCAGCGAAAUCAGCGUGCCCCUGAGGACGUUCACGAACGCUGUACUCAGCCGAGCUCCAUCCCACGCAAACCCCUGUUAAGCAGGGGAAACCCGUCAGCUUACCCCACAUUCCUUUUUUGUUUAGAUGUGUAUAUAACCACAAACACCAUCUGUAUACACAGAAUUAAUAAUUGUACAUGUAUGACAUAUUCACCUUAAUAUAUAAUUUGCUAGAUGGACAUAAAAUUUUGCUCCCCAGUAAGUAGGCCAAUUCUUUUCCCUGAUAAUGUACAGGUUUACACUAAUAAACUAAUUUUCUCAUC